AUGGUGGCUGUCGUUUCUACUGGUCCCAACGAGAGGUUGAUGGAGAACCGCGUUGAUGGCGACGUCGAAGUUGCUGAGGAGCGGACCUAUCUCUUCCGCCGUCUAUUCUCCAAGAGACGCAACGUGAUCUUUCUCUCAGCCGUCUCAUUCAUUGUGCUUGUCUUGGCCUCUACUCUCACCGGCGUUUUUGUUGCUCGCCACAGGGCCGUUGUCGCGUUCAAGGAAAAUCUCACUCAAUUCUUGGACGAAAAGUUUGCUCUCACCGAACCUAAAGAACGUGCUUCUCAUGUUGAGGAGUUGACUGACUUGUUCAGAAACGGCUACAUUAGUGCUGACCAUGUUGCUGAGCUUGAAGCCUUGAUGGAAUUCGACGAAUUCAACAAGUUCUACUCCCGCGAACACGCCGACGCCGAUGAGCGCCGUGUUCGUUUCUUGGCCUUCCGUAACAACUACAACGCCGUAAAGGCCCAGACUGGCGAAGAGUCUUACGAAAGGACCAUCAACAAAUUCAGUGAUAUGACCAAGGAGGAGUUUGCACGCUUGUUUCCUCCCAUCCCUCUCGAAGGUCUCAAGAAGGAUAUCCGCCCUGUUGCUCCCGUCGAAUUCUCAGACCUGUACCAUAUGGAUAAGCUCAGGAUUGCUAAAGGUAUCGAGGUUGGGGAACACGUCUCUCUUGACGGUGAGAACGUUGAUUGGAGACGCUGCGGUGGUGUUUCUCCAGUUAAGGACCAGAGCCACUGUGGUUCCUGCUGGGCCUUUGCCGCUGUUGGAUCUGUUGAAAGUUUGUACUUGCUCAAAAAGGGUCAAGCCCUUGACUUGAGUGAGCAAGAAUUGGUCAAUUGCGAACCAUACAGCAACGGUUGUAAAGGUGGAUUCUGUGACAAGGCAUUGGAGUACAUUCUAACCAAUGGUAUUGCACACACCAAGGACAUUCCCUAUCAUGCUUUUGAUGAAGUAUGCACCACUUCUCUGUACAAUAGAGUUUUUGUUGAUGGCUACAUCCCUUUCAGUGGCUUGGACAUUCUCCAAAACUCACUUUCUGUUUCUCCAACUACUGUAUACAUUGCAGUCUCUGAGGAGUUUUCUUCAUAUAAGAGUGGUAUUUAUACUGGACCAUGCGGUGAGGCUUCAAACCAUGCUGUUUUAUUGGUUGGCGAAGGUUAUGAUGAAGAAACUGGCAAGCGCUUCUGGAUCCUCAAGAACUCCUGGGGACCAGACUGGGGAGAGAACGGUUUCUUCAGAUUCGAACGUACUAAUGAAGGCACUGACAAGUGCGGCAUUCUUGAGCUUGGUUUCAGACCAGUGCUCAGGAAAUAAAGCGUAACUCGUAUGCAUGAACAUUUGUGAAUAUGCAAAGUUUAUAGUUUACCUAGGAGUUAGAGAGGACUUUAAAACCCUGGAAUCGUAAAGCAGAUAUGUAA